UAUCAAUUACUUACCUAUAUACAUACAUAAAAGUUUAUUCAUCCGAAAACUAAAUCAUGGCAUCACAAACUACUAUAUACUACUACUAGUCAGAGAUUGGCACCUUUCAUUCACAUUUGCCCAAAUGUACCUUCCAACUUGGUGAAAGAAGAAUUUUUCUUUUAGUCACUAUCUAAAUGGAGGUGUCUAUUUAGUUAUGUAUUAAUUACAAAGUAAAUAAUGUCGAGAAUUAGAGGAAUAGUUCAAAAAGAUGCGUUGCAAGCACCAAAGUAUAAACAUAACGAAAGUCUCAAAAAGAAAAACGAGGAUCAAUCCGCAAAUUCGAAAGAUGAGAUAGAAAAGCAUCAAAUAAAUGAACUCCUACACAAAUUGCCAAGAUUGGAUAAAAUAUUUGAGGUUCAUCGCAAAAUUGGUGAGGGUACAUUUAGCUCAGUGUACCUCGGUUCUCUACGGCAGCACGCCUCCCUGUCCAAUGAAGAGAAGCGAUGGUUUGCUAUCAAACACCUGGUACCCACUGCACAUCCAGCUAGAAUUGAACAUGAAUUGCGCUGUCUACAGGACAUUGGAGGCAAAGAGCAUGUCAUCGGAGUGGAGCUCUGUCUGCGGAAUUUGGAUACUAUAGUUUUCAUAAUGCCUUAUAUACCUCAUAGAAAAUUUUCAGAAUAUGUGGGGGAAAUGGAUGCAACAGAGUUACGGCAGUACAUGCGAGCGCUGAUGGUGGCCUUGCGACAUGUGCAUUCGUUCGGAGUCAUCCACCGCGACGUCAAGCCCAGCAACUUCUUGUAUGAUCGGGAUAACAAGCGAUAUUUGCUAGUCGAUUUCGGGCUCGCUCAGCGCCUUUGUCCUGCACCUGAAGGAACGCCUGUGGUCGGCCCGCCCCCAGCACACUCUAACGGCGUACGGAAACGAGUUCGUGAUGAGGAGGACGGGCCAGCUGCUAAGCGGGUGGCGCUUGACCUGAGCAUGGGUGCAACAGCGGCGACGGGGACUGCGACUGUUUCAGCGGCAGGACCUGAGGUCACGUCGGCGGAGCCCAAGCCGGAGGCAGCAGUGCCUAGGCCGGGGGCAGCGGGGUCCAGAGCGGGGAUAGUGGGGCCCAGACCGGGGCCAACCGGGUCCAGGCCAGGGGUGUCAGCAGCCAGACCGGGUACAGCAGGCUCCAGGCCGGGGGCGGCGGGUCCCAGGCCGGGGCGCUGCGCGUGUGCAGGAGUGGCGGGCGUGUGCGACCUGUGCUCGGGCCGGGCCGCGCCCCGGGCGCCGCGGGCGGGGACCCAGGGCUUCCGGCCGCCCGAGGUGUUACUGAAGUACCCGCACCAGACCACGGCCGUGGACGUGUGGGCGGCGGGGGUGGUGUUGGCCAGCGCUCUGACGGCGCGGUAUCCGUUCUUCCGCGCGGGCGACGACGUUGCCGCCCUGGCCGAGCUGGCCGACCUCGUGGGCACGGAGCCGCUGCAACGCGCCGCCGCGUCUCUGGGGCGGCGCGUGGUGGUGUCGGUGUCGCGGCGCGGCGUGUGCCUGCGCGCGCUGGCGGCGCGGCUGCGCGGCGUGCCGCUGCGGCGCGCGCCCUGCGUCUGCCGCCGCGAGUACUGCCUCUGUCCAGAUCGCAUCAGAAAGGCGGAGGAGUGGGACCCGCGGCGCAGCGUGGCGGGGUUCCCGGACAGUGCGUUCUCGCUGGCGGCGCGGCUGCUGGACCCGGACCCGCGCACGCGCAUCUCUGCGCACGACGCGCUCGCGCACCCCUUCCUGGCCGACGGCGACUGACGCCCCCGUCUUAUUGUUACGAUGAUGUUAUAUUUUUCAAGUUUAGUAGGUACCUAACGAUCUCCUAGAAUCGGCGGGUCCCGACCGGGGACUGUUUAGCUAUAGUAUUUAUUCUUGUUUUUUAAGCAUUAUGGUUGUGAAUUGACUUCAUAUCGAUUAGUAUGCUUGCUAAGAGAUGUUAUAUGACGCAAUACGAAUUACUACUGUAGAUCUUGUUAGCCAUUUAACUGGAAGUAAAAUGUUUGAUGCCAAUUGCGUGAACAAUAAACUUGAAAAUAAUAAAAGUGGCAUACAAAAUGGAUACAGUGCCUUCCACGAGCGUCCGUGACGCGUAGGUGUCUACGAGUGUCGCGGUCGCGUAUGUUCGGCGAAUAGAUUUUAUUGUUGAUUAGUUGUAAUGGGGAUCUCAAAAGUAAACAUAAGUUUCAUAUCGAGUACAAAGUAGUGAUAAGAAGUGGCGUGCUAUGGGCUAUGACGCGACGCGGCGCGGCUACGGGGUUUAUACAGAUAUCUGAUAGUACAACGUAAUAGUUAUUUACAAAUUUAGAAUAACACUUUUAUUUAAGAGUCAUGUCAUUUAUACGCCGUUUUAGCCACGGAACACUAAAUAAGUGAAGGUAGGUAGUAGGUAUUUACUAAAGGGACUGCUCAAUGGUUGACUUAACCUUGUACGAAACUAGAAAGUAACUGUGUAACGUGUUUAAAUAAAAACCAAAAUCAAAAGGUAAAUUAAAAACGAAUAAACAAAAGACCUAUAACUUUUAAGUCAUUACUCACAGAUAGGUUAGAAGUCGGUGCCACAAGCCCAUCCAAAACGUAACUUUAUGGUCACAGGAAUAAUCUGUGAUAAAAUUGUAAGCAGCUUAAUAUAUUAACAUUUUAUUGAAUAAUUUUGUUUAGAACUUAUGACACUGACCUUAUAAAUGACGACUAAUAAUAAGUAGGUAUUUUUGCUUUUUAGUCCUUAUUUUACCUUUUGUUUUUUGAGCUUAAAUUAGGGUAACAGAAUAGUAAUUUUAAUGUUCUUUGAAGAAAUUGAAUAUAUAUGUAUUUAUCCUAGUAGUGUAGGUAUUUGAUUUACGUUUGGUGAUUCCACAGUAUUCUGUGUUCCGUGGCUUUAUUUAUUGAACAUGUUUACCAUUACAUGUGCCUUUAAUGUGUUCAGAAGAAUAUUCGUUAUGUUACCUCAUUGUAAACAAACUAUAAUAAAGGAUUACUGAAACAGUCAA